AUGCGAACAGAAGAAGAGACCGGGUUAGAGCUGUUUGAAAAACAAAUUCUUGCCGACAUAGACGAAAGUUAUUUAUCAAUAAUUAAACAAAAGGUAAUCGAACUCUCAGACAACAGUCCAAUAAAAUUGUUGUACAAUGAACUGAAACAAAAAAAAAAAAUAUUUCCGCCGGUUGAUAAGGUGUUUCAAGCUUUAAGACUGACUAAGUUCAAUGAUGUCAAAGUAAUAAUUGUAGGUCAAGACCCAUAUCAUGAUGAAAACCAGGCCAAUGGUUUGGCGUUUAGUGUUAAUAACGGAACGUGCAAAUUCCCUCCCUCACUCAAAAGAAUUUUGAGAGAAGCACGUGUGACCGAUUUAAAUAACGGCGAUCUUACGAAUUGGGCAAAACAAGGAGUUCUACUUUUAAAUUCCGUAUUAACUGUUCAAGCACACAAAGCUUUUUCUCAUCAUUUCAUAAAUUGGGAAAGUAUCACAAACGGCAUAAUCUAUAGCCUAAGUAAAGACACCAAUGAUCGAAGUUUGGUGUUUUUAUUAUGGGGCGCGAAAGCUCAAGAAAAGAAAAAAUUUAUAGAUACAAGAAAACAUUACAUUGUGCUUAACUCCCACCCAAGCCCACUCUGCACGAAAGGCGAUUUUAUUGGGAGUAAAUGUUUUCAAAAAGCGAACGACUUUUUGAUUGCGCAAGGAUUAAAACCUAUAGACUGGAAUAAUUCUAGCAUUAGUGCCAAUAAUAAUCUUUUUAAUAAGCAAUCAAGUGAGCAGGCCGCUUUGUAUUGCAAAAAAGAUAAUUUGGAUCAGGUUAACACUAAUGAUUCAGAAGUAAAUGAAAAUACGGUCAUUUUGAAGUUAAACACUCCAGAUUAUUUAACGGCUGUGCUAAAUCCGCUAGCGUUUCCCGUUAAAAAACUAGUAAAACGUAGAUUUAACGCAUGUGUUACUUUUAAAUAA